AAAGCUCACUGUUUCUACAACACCUGAAAAAACUAUGGAAGUAUAGUUGAAGCAGAGAAGUUGAUGAUGACGACGAAGGUGUUCAGCGGAACAAAUGUAUUCAUGUCGAGAAAUCUCGUACCGCCUGAGCAAUUUGACGCGCUUCACGACGCGCUCAAGCUCAACGGAGCUCAAGUCUUCCUAUGUUGCGACCCCUCACGGAAUGCUCCCACUGAUUAUCAUGUCAUUUCUUCUCCCCAGCACGAGAAGUUUGGGGCUCUUCAAGCUAAGGGAUGCAACUUGAUAGGUCCUCAGUGCGUGCUUUCCUGUGCCAAAGAACAGAGGCCACUACCCCAGCAGGGGUUUACUUGUUGCCUUGCAAUGGAUGGGGUCAAGAUCCUGGCAUCUGGUUUUGAGAUGGAUGAAAAGGUUGAAAUUGGAAAGUUGGUGUUUGCAAUGGGAGGAGUUCUGCAGACAAAAGCAUCAUUGGAUGUGAGCUUUGUUAUUGUGAAGAAUGUUUUGGCUGCAAAGUAUAAGUGGGCUGUAAAUGUUCUAAAGAAACCAAUUGUCAGUAUUAAUUGGCUCCAUCAAUGCUGGAAAGAACACCGUCUUGUUCCUCAGGAGUCAUUCAAAAUCCUUCCUUUUUCUGGAUUGACAAUUUCUGUCACCAGAAUUCCUGCAGAUGAGCGAAAGGAUAUGGAAAAGAUUAUCUUGCAAAAUGGCGGAAAAUACUCUCCUGAGCUGACCAGAAAGUGCUCACAUUUAAUUUGUGAUAUAUCCUUUUUUUAAUAAGUUCCAGAAGGGGACAAAUACAAGGUUGCCAAAAGAUGGGGUUGCAUACAUACUGUUACCAAAAGGUGGUUUGACCAAUCUGUUGCAAGAAAAGCAUGUCUUAAUGAGGAGUCGUAUCCUGUUCAGGCUGGUUCAAAUACUGUGAGCACCGUUAGAAUGACAAAUCAGCAUAGUCUGGAAAAGGGCAUGAGAAACCUACAAGGGUUGUCCUCCUUGGCUAUGGCAUCACAUGCAGAACCUGUUUUGUGCAGUCGAGUGGUUGAUUCAGAUCUGGAAGCUACCCUCUCGCAAAAUAUGUCUGCUACAUCUUCAUACGCUCCAGUGUUUACAAAGGAAGAGGAGAACUCACCUGCUGAGAACCCAAAGAGUGAUUACAGUGCUCCUGUCUCUACGAAGGACAAGGAAAGUGGAGCACCUACAGAGCAGGAAAAGAAUGGUUGUGAUGGUGGUGUUGCUGAUGACUCUCAAACAGAUGACAAUGAUCUUUAUUUGUCAGAUUGCAGAAUCCUAAUCGUUGGUUUUAAUGCAUCUGAAAUGCGAAAACUUGUCAAUCUAGUCCGAAAAGGCGGCGGUUCUCGUUACAUGUCUUUCGGUGAAAAGUUGACACACAUAGUAGCUGGAAAUCCAUCAGAGAAUGAAAUCAAAGAAUUAAGAAACCUUGCGGCUUUGGGUGUCAUACAUGUGGUAAAAUCAGGAUGGCUGGAGGAUUGUGAUCGUGAGAAUAAAGAAGUUCCUGUUCUAAGGAAGCAUAUUGCUUAUGAUUUACUUCUUCCAAAAGAUCCUAUUCACUGUAGUAAUGGAGCUGCAAUCACCACGAGUAUGAAAAGACAAGGAAAAUCCUACGUGUAUCCUAUGUCUUCGGAUGAACAUGCAUGGAGAAGCAGGGAUUCUACAUGUGCAAUGCCAUCAAACAAAAGCAAAGAACCAGAAAAUAUGAAUGACGUUAGAACUUCUUUGAGAGAGAACAGGGUUCAACAUCAGCCCUAUGCUUCUUAUGGCAAAGAAGAGUUCAAAAUACUGAAUGAGUCCAGUUGUGCUGUUAAUGGUAGAAAGCCAUGUAGUGUGUUCGAGGGAAUGCGAUUUUGCUUUUCAGCUUCAUUUCCUGCUGAUCGGAGACCUGAAAUUGUUGAGUGGGUUAAUCAAGGGGGAGGAGUGGUGGUGGAUGAUCAGAAUAAAACAAAUGUGCAUUUCACUGUCGAGUGUCAUGGCAUGUUGCACUCCGAGAAAGAUGGUGCUGCGGCUACUUUUGUAUCAAGUCACUGGAUUAAGUCUUGUCUGGAGGAUGGAUGCUUGCUGGAUGUUGGUAGUCACAUCCUCUAUUCUCCACUUCCAUGCGGAGUUCCUUUCCAUGCAUUUAAGAGUUUUCGCUUAUGUGUUUCACAGUAUGAUGAGAAAGAAAGACAGUUGCUAAGAAAUUUGUGUUUUACAAUUGGAGCCAAAUUUGUUGAGAAAUUAACUAAAAAGGUCACACAUUUGUUGUGUAAAUUUACCGGUGGCCCGAAAUAUGAGGCUGCAUGCAAGUGGGGGAUACUACCCGUCACUUGUGAGUGGAUUUAUGAGUGUAUCAAGCAGAACAAAAUUGUUUCUGCAGAUCCAUUUUAUCCUAAAGAAGUCACUUCUGAAGAUCGAGAAGCUGGGGCAUGCACAAUGAGCCAGUUCCCCACACAAGCUUUUAGGAUGAUAUCUGGUGAUACCGCUUCCCAGCCUCAAACCCAGCCCCAAGAACUCAUAAAUGUGAGAACUGAAGCUUUUGCUGGUAGAAGUACUGCAAAGGAAGAAAUGAAGUAUUCAAGUAGAUGUAAUAAGAAGGCUAGGCUCUUGGUGAUUGAAGAACGCAAUUGUUCAUUGUCCUGCUCACCGAAAGAAAGCAACACAUUCUGUGGGACGAAUCCCCCAGAAAAGAACCUGACAGGAAGUACUAAUGAAGGUUCUUCUGCAGUUCCUGAUGUAGCUGCUGCUAUAGAGGAUUUAUUGGAGCAAACAAGCAAGAUCCAUGAUCAAAAGUCCCCCUCGAGAAGCGAGUGUGAUAAAGAACUUUUUACAUCUCGUUGUAACAAUCUUGCUCAAGGUCAUGGAGAUCAUCAUGCUACACUUGGAUUGUCUAACCACUGGACGAACAGGUUUGAGAAAGAGGAUGAAACCCACAGUCAUUCAGGAGAUGCAACUGCAAAUGUGUAUGAUCACUUUAGUGAAACACAGACAGAUUCUCAGGUUGUUGGAUAUGCAGAAGAUUUGUCUGGAAGACAAAUGAUUAUUGAUAGAGUACGAACAAGGAGUUCUGGAAUGACUUGACCUGGGAUUUUAGCGUCUUUGCAGGGUUGAUCAUUUUCAAAUGUUGGUUAUUAGUUGAUGGUGUUUCUGAGCUCUUCUUGCCAUACAAGUACAAUAGAAUCCUAUUCAGAAUGGGGGGGGGGGGGGGACUAAUGACACAGCCGAAGCAGUGGUAGCCAAUCUUCUCUCAGCCAAGAAUCAAUCACCAAAGCGGAAAAAAAAACAUUUCUUACCGACAACAUGAUGGCUCGACAUCCCCGGCCUUAGAAUGCUGCUUCAUGAGUGUAUUAAGUGAAACGUUCUUUUAUAGACGUUGGGGUUUUUCUUAAUGUGUGUAUUUCGUGUGCAUUAUGAAAACGUAAUUAGUUUAAAAAUUUUCCUUUUAAAAUACUUGCGUCUAUUUUGUACCCAUUGCAAACAACCAACAAGGGAGGUAUUCAUAUCUCAAAGUUGAUAUAUCGUUCAAAUGAAGAGCAAUCUAUACCACUCCAUGAAACUUGCAAUGACUCUUUUCUUCUAUAGUUUGUUACUAUCUUUGAGGGUGGAUGGUUUUAGGCUUAAUUCUUAGUAUUAUGUAGAGUUCCAUUCUUGGUUAUUCUAAGGGUUAGUUGGUUAGA